UAGAAAUUUAGAAAUCUUACAAAACCUUCCCAGAUUACCACAUUUUCCCUAAGUAACUCAAAUUUCCUCCCAACUAAAAGUGAACAAAAAUCAAAAAAACAUCAGAAAAUUUCAAAAACAAAAAAUUACUAAAGGUCUUGACAGAAAAUUGUUCGACUCACAAUAUUCCCAGUACCAAAAAAAAAAUUGGGUUUUUCACUAGUAACCUGAUCGAUUGUCGAGAACCUUUCUUUGGUUAACGCUCGCACUCGACCGCCUCGAAGACAUCGACGACGUCUUGUUUAUCCCUGAAAGUUCAUGGAUUUCGUUCACCGUCUCUCUCGUUCCUUUCGAUUCUCUGUCUUCCUUAUCGACGCCUGCCCGAGACUGGUAAUUAAUCGAGGAAAGUGAAUAUGAUAUCGGCACGGCUUUGAACCGCUGCAUCCUGCCAGAGGCUGGCACGAGUCAGGUACCUGUAUCCUGUUAGCUCUCUACCUUCAACUAGGACUCCCGUUCUAUCCGCCACAGGUGAUUGUUUUUUUUUUUAUUUCCCACCUGCUGACUCGUGUGGUUAAUUAAACUGUAAUUUGUUAUUCACUGUCUCGAGAUCCUGUUGGUUUCUUUACUUUCCCUUUUUCUUGAACUUUUUUUGUUGGCUGCGGUUGAUAUCGAACUUGUUUCAGUUUUUUUAUUCUUGAAUGUAAUUAUGGGCCGUUAAAAUUGAAUAAAGUGUUCAUUUUGUUGGAAAUGUGAAAAUAUUCUUGCAGAAGAUGAGUUGGUAGAAAUAUGAGUGUUUGUGUAUUCAUGAAUACAUCAACUCGCAUUCUCCUGGUGCUCUUCGUAGCUUAUGUCACGGUCUUCGUGCUCGCUGCAGGAAAUAUGCCUUUCGAUCGAGCCAUAGGUGUUUGCAUCAGAAACUGUGCCCAGUGCAAGAAAAUGUUCGGACCGUACUUCCUGGGCCAAAAGUGUGCCGAUUCCUGCGUGAAGUACAAAGGAAAGCUCAUCCCCGACUGCGAGGAUGAGGUUUCGAUCCAACCAUUCCUCCAGGCUCUCGAUAGUGACUAUUGAAACUCAAACAAAAAGUUCCUGACCACUUAUUCGCGUCCAAUGUAUACUUAACACCCGACUAAAGUAUAUAUCGCUCGAAACGCUGAUCGACGCCGUUUACGUUUAAACUAAUUUUCGUCUCGAUGCCGCGAGACGUUAGUUUUUAUUUCCGAGACGUAAACUGCCGAUAUUAAUCGAAAUAUCUUCUUUGAUCUCAUUACAAAUGCUACUUAUAGUUUGUUUCAAGUGUUGAAUAUUAUACGAUAAAUAGCGAGUGGAUAUUUAUUUUAGUAUAUAAUCUGCUUUCCGAACUUUGUAUCAAAUACUCGAAGUCAGUGUUUCCACAUUCUUGAAUUAGUGACAUGUUUUAAAAUUAAUUACAUUUUCAAGACAUAACUGUUAGAAAAAAUUUAGCAGACGAAAGCAGAUGAAAUUUAGCAAAUUUACGAAAUGAAAAAUAUACAUAUAUAUAUAUUUUGU